AAAGAUAUUUAAAAAUUAAAAAUUAAAAUUUGGACACAUAAAUAUCAAAAUUAAAGCUUCAUUCAGAAAUUGUUAAGCAGAGAGAAAAGUAAAUGAAGCAAGCCAUGGCUACUUCGCUUUCCCUCUCCUGCUGUUCUCCAUCUCUAACUCGAAACACUCUCUUCUUCACCAAAACCUUCCCAUUUUCUCGUUCCUUCUCUCUCCCUCAAUCCCUCUCCACCAAAACCCUAAUUUCUCUCUCCCCUCCCCGCCGCACCUUCGCCGUUCGCGCCGAAUCCCAAAACGGCGCCGAACCCGCUGGCCACUACGACUUCGACCUUUUCACCAUCGGCGCUGGAAGUGGCGGUGUCCGUGCUUCCCGCUUCGCCUCCAAUUUUGGCGCUAACGCUGCUAUCUGCGAGCUUCCUUUCUCUACUAUUUCAUCUGAUACCACCGGAGGUGUUGGUGGCACCUGUGUAAUACGUGGAUGUGUGCCAAAGAAAUUGCUCGUCUAUGCCUCAAAGUUUUCUCAUGAAUUUGAAGAAAGCAAUGGUUUUGGAUGGAGAUAUGACAGUGAACCUAAGCAUGAUUGGAGUAGUUUGAUUGCUAAUAAAAAUGCUGAGUUACAGAGGCUUACUGGUAUCUAUAAGAAUAUUUUGAAAAAUAAUAAUGUCAAGUUGAUUGAAGGCCGUGGAAAGAUUGUAGAUCCUCACACGGUUGACGUUGAUGGGAAGUUAUAUACCGCCAAAAACAUUUUAGUUUCAGUUGGAGGUCGGCCCUUCAUUCCUGAUAUUCCUGGAAAGGAAUAUGCAAUAGAUUCAGAUGCUGCCCUUGAUUUACCAUCAAAACCUGAGAAGAUAGCCAUUGUUGGUGGGGGAUACAUUGCCUUGGAGUUUGCUGGUAUAUUUAAUGGUUUGAAAAGCGAAGUUCAUGUAUUUAUACGACAAAAGAAGGUUUUGCGUGGAUUUGAUGAAGAGAUUAGAGAUUUUGUUGAAGAACAUAUGGCUCUAAGAGGUAUUGAAUUCCAUACUGAGGAGUCUCCUGUAGCUAUCACUAAGGCCGCUGAUGGUUCACUCUCUUUAAAGACCAGCAAAGGUACCGUGGAAGGUUUCUCUCAUGUCAUGUUUGCUACAGGACGGAAACCUAAUAUUAAGAAUUUAGGGCUGGAGUCUGUUGGUGUGAAAAUUGCUAAAGAUGGAUCAAUAGAGGUUGAUGAAUACUCUCAAACAUCGGUUCCUUCAAUUUGGGCAAUUGGAGAUGUUACAAACAGAAUAAAUCUCACUCCAGUUGCUUUGAUGGAGGGAGUGGCAUUAACAAAAACAUUAUUUCUGAAUGAGCCAACAAAGCCUGAUUAUAGAGCUGUUCCUGCUGCUGUGUUCUCCCAACCACCAAUUGGAGGAGUUGGUCUUACAGAGGAUCAGGCUGUAGAACAACAUGGUGAUAUUGACGUCUACACAGCAAAUUUUAGGCCGCUGAAGGCCACCCUCUCUGGGCUUCCAGACCGGGUUUUUAUGAAACUAAUAGUCUCUGCAAAAACAAAUCAAGUUCUGGGUUUGCACAUGUGUGGAGAUGAUGCUCCUGAAAUUGUGCAGGGGUUUGCAGUUGCUAUUAAAGCUGGAUUGACAAAGGCGGACUUUGAUUCUACUGUAGGCAUUCAUCCAACUGCAGCUGAGGAAUUUGUCACCAUGAGGACUCCCACUAGGAAGGUUCGAAAAAGCCAUGCUUCACAGGAUAAGUCAGAUUCUGAAGCAAAAGCUGCGGCUGGGUCUUAAGAAUAUUAAUUUGCUUCAAUUUUAUACCCAAAGAAUCUUGCUGACGCCUUCAGGCAGGUUAUUGCUUUUUUCGAGUGAUCUCCGGCGGCAACUGAGCUUUCAAGACAAUGCCUAGCUCGCUGAUCUCAUUUGGAAAAGGGAGGAUGGAAUUUUGGGAGCUAUUAUGUGCCAUUUGUAAUUUAUUUUAUGCGUUCACCUCAUGCCUUUGUCUUUGUACAUACAUAUCAAGAGAAAAUUUCUUGAGGGGUCUUAAUGUUAAAUAAAAUAAUCUAUCUUAUGUAUUGUGAAGCAGUUUGAAUUGAGACGAGGAUCAUGGUUAGAAUUAGAUUUAAGUAUAAUAUUGACUUUUCAAA